UAUUCAUCCGGCAUUGCGGCUCUGAAAGCUGACUGACGUCUCGUCUGACUGAUGAAUUGGUAGAUUACUAAUGUAAACCAAUGCGAUACUUAUAAAGUAAAAAUAUUAAGUUGCGAAGUUUGUAGUGAUUAAAUAUGUCUUCCAGCGAUGUACAGAUGUUGGUGGAAAUGGGGUUUACUGAAGAAAAAGCAGCAAAGGCCCUGGCAGUGACUGGUAACCAAGGUGUGGAACCUGCCAUGGAGUGGCUGCUGGCACAUGCAGGAGAGUUGGACUCACAAGCCCCCCCACAGGCACAACCUGCUGCCGAGACCCUACACUUGAGACCCUCCAUGGACCAGCCUGCUGAAGCCACCACAGCGAGUGAGGUGGAAGCUGCUGCAACUGCCGGUACUGCUGAGGCUGGCUCGGAGGUUGCUAAAUCUCUCAAGUGUGAUGAGUGCGGAAAGCUGUUCAAGAACCAACUGGAGGUGGAGUUUCACGCAGCCAAAUCGGGACAUAGCAGCUUCUCUGAAUCGACAGAGGAGAAGAAACCUUUGUCUGAGGAGGAGAGGAGGGAGCAGCUGAGAUUGGUGGAAGAAAAACUGAAACAGAAAAGGAAGGAGAGAGAGGAGAAGGAGAAGUUGGAAGCUCUAGAGAGAGAGAAGAACAGGAUCAAGUCAGGGAAGGAGAUGGUAGCCGCCAAGAAAAAACUGGAGGAGGAGGAAAUAAAGAAGAUUGUUGAGCAGAGAAAGCGUGAGAAGGAGGAGGACAAGGCGGCAAGGGAGAGAGUGAAGGCACAGAUCGAGGCUGACAGAGCUGCGAGGAAGGCUAAGUUCGGGGGUGUCUCUGCAGAGCCAGUGGCUACCCCACCUCCUGCACCCGCACCUGUUCCUGCACCUGCUCCUAUCUCUCAGGCCAGGGACUACACCACCACAAGGAUACAGAUCCGGCUGACCAACGGACAGACUCUCCAGCAGACAUUCAACCCCAAGGAGCAGCUGUCAGCAGUUCGGUUGUACGUAGAGAUGAACCGAUCUGAUGGUGACGGACCUUUCUCUCUCAUGACCAACUUUCCCAAGAAAAUAUUUCAAGAUGAAGACUAUGAAAAGCCGCUCGAUCUUUUAGGGUUGGUGCCUUCAGCUGUGGUCAUAGUAUCUCGGGCUCUCCACUGACUGUAUGUGUCUUUUAGAUUUAUACCAUUUUUAUCAUUAAUUUACUUGUAUUUUUCAUAAUGUUAAUAAAAUACCAAACUAAGUA